CCGCGCCACUGCUGCCGCUUCGCUUACGCUCAUCCACAUCAUCUACAGAUCUACCAAUCGCCAUCGCAAGAACCUUGUCUGUUGAUCAUAUGCCAAAAUGUGAUUGUAUGAUGCUGCCAGAGCCCGGUGCUUCCUCCGUGAUUCUACGUACAGGUUAACUUGGAGCUCCUGGGGGAAUCCUUCCAAGAAGUGCGCGCCACGCAGGACGUUUUACGCUUUGACCUUUGACUGGCAGCGAAUGACAAAUCAAAGGUCGGUGCCUGUGAGCGGAACCGGUGUUCAAAGCGCAUCUCCACCACGGCACAAGACGGCGUCCCCGGGAGGAUGUUAGAAAGCGCACUGGAAGUUGGUCGAUAGCGGCGGAGACGGCUUCAGUGUCAGCGGCAGAGGGAGCAGCGGAGGCGGCGGAGGCGCACACGGAGGCUCCAUCGCGGCCACCCUUGGACCGAAGGCAGGCCCGCUGAGAGAGGAGGACUGCAGCACCAUGGACAGCUCAGAUAUGGACGCCAACUAUGGUGGAGGACUGUUGGAUAUGGUGAAGGGAGGAGCUGGGAAAUUCUUCAGCAACUUUAAGGACAACCUGAAGGACACACUGAAGGACACCUCCACCAAGGUCAUGCACCAAGUUGCCACAUACACCAAAGGGGAGCUGGACAUUGCCUACAUCACAUCACGAAUCAUAGUGAUGACCUACCCAGCGGAGUCGGUCCAGAUUGGCUACCAGAACCACGUCGAGGACAUCCGCUCCUUCCUCGACAGUCGCCAUGCCGACCACUACACUGUCUUCAACCUGUCGCAGCGCAACUACCGUGGAGCCAAAUUCUCCAACAGAGUUUCGGAGUGCAAUUGGCCUUCUCGUCAGGCUCCAAGUCUUCACAACCUGUUUGCCGUGUGCAAGAACAUGCACAACUGGCUCAAACAGAAUCCCAAGAACGUGUGUGUCAUCACCUGCUCGGAUGGCCGCGCUCCCUCCGGUGUUUUGGUCUGUGCCAUGUUCUGCUUCUGCCACCUCUUCAACAAUCCCAUUCCUGCCAUGCAGCUGCUCAGCGCCAAGAGACCAGGGUCCGGCCUCUGGCCAUCGCACCGCAGGUACAUAGGUUACGUAUGUAGCAUGGUGUCAGAGAAGCCCAGCCUGCCCCACUCGAAGCCCUUGGUGAUCAAGGCCCUCACUAUGAGUCCGGUUCCCUGCUUCAACAAGCAGCGAAGCGGCUGUCGGCCCUUCUGCGACGUCCUCAUCGGAGAGACCAAGAUCUUCACCACUGCACAGGAGUACGAGAGGAUGAGAGAGCACAGGAUCCAGGAAGGGAAAGUCGUGUUCCCUCUCGGUGUGAGCGUACAAGGAGACGUUGUGAUUUCUGUCUACCACAUGAGGUCAACCAUUGGAGGACGUCUGCAGGCGAAGGUGUCCAACACCCAGAUUUUCCAGAUUCAAUUCCACACUGGCUUCAUUGCUCCAGGAACCACCAUGCUAAAGUUCAACAAACCGGAGCUGGAUGCAUGCGACUCUCCUGAGAAGUAUCCCCAGCUGUUCCACAUGAUUCUCGACAUAGAGGUAGAAGGAGUGGAUAAACAGAAAGACCUGACGCCACCGUGGGAGCAGUUCCCCUGUAAAGACCUGAGCCCCAGCGUGCUCUUCUCCUGCCACCAGGAACAUCAGGACGCGCUGGCUAUCGCUGAUGAGAUGGAGGGCUUGGAUCUGGAGGAGCCAAGCCGGCCCCACGGAGCUCCAGACGGUCGGGGACACGGCGAGGAGAGCGAGCCCUCGGACGAUGAGAUGCUCUCCCUCUCCAGCCAGAGGAGCAGCACCAGCGCAGCCCCCCAGAGACCCGAGCCCCCGGCACAGACGCCUGCCGCCCCGGCGCCCGCCGAGGAGGUGGAUCUCCUUGGCCUGGACGGGGAGGAGAUGAACCGCCCGUGUGCCUCAUCUCAGCCUCAACCUGCAGCGGCCGCAACCACUGACCUCCUCGGGGACUUGUUUGGAGGCCCCCCUCAACCAGCCAGUGGACCCUCGUCAGCCCAGUCCACUCCGCACAAAGUUGCCCCCAGCACUGCCUCGCCAUGCCACUCUCCAGCUCCACCAGCAUUCGAUCCCUUCGGGGCGGGUCCCAUGCCCAAGCCUCAGGACGUGAUGGGUUCAUUCCUCGGACCAGGUAACAUGGGGCAGCCUGACCCUUUCCUGCAUGCUGCUCGCUCCCCAUCACCCACCCUGCAGCCUACGAGCUUGGGUCGGAGCUCACCCGUUCCGCCUACCACCCCAACAGUCACCAUUCAGCAGCAAAACGCCAUGGGAGGGUGGGACUGGAAUAGGCCUGCUACCACAAGCACAGGAGGUUUUGGCGUGGGCAGUCGUUCAGCCACCACCAGCCCCACUGGCUCAGUCCACAGCACCCCCACUCAUCAAACCAAGCCAAACACCCUGGAUCCAUUCGCUGACAUUGGGAACCUCGGAGGAAGCCUUGCAGGAGGUUCUGGAUUCUCCAGCAAGCCCACCACCCCUACCGGAACCACUCCUUCCUUCCCUCCGAUGGGCUCCCCGUCGCGGCCUCCGCCGUCGCCCCAGCACGCGGGCGGGUGGCAGCCCCACGCAGGAGCCAGCUUCCCCUCGUGGCAGCCCGGAGCUGGAGCCGGAGGAGGAUGGCAAGCCCAAGGACAGGGUCCGACCACGCAGCCAAAGCCCAGCCCCAGCCACGCCCCCAUGCCUCAUACAUCGCCCCAGAAUCGACCCAACUACAACGUCAGCUUCUCUGCAAUGGGUGGAGGUUCACCCAGCGCAGGGGCCAAACCACAGGCCGGAAUGGGCCCUAAGCCCAGAGCAUCAGAUGCCAACUUCGAUGACCUGCUUUCCGGUCAGGGCUUCGCGGGGGCCAAAGAGAAGAAAGGGCCCAGGACCAUUGCAGAGAUGAGGAAGGAGGAGAUGGCCAAAGAAAUGGACCCUGAGAAAAUAAAGAUUCUGGACUGGAUCGAGGGUAAGGAGCGUAACAUCCGAGCCCUGCUGUCCACCAUGCACACUGUGCUCUGGGAGGGCGAGACGCGCUGGAAGCCUGUGGGCAUGGCUGACCUGGUUACUCCCGAGCAGGUCAAGAAGGUUUAUCGCAAAGCAGUCCUGGUGGUUCAUCCAGAUAAGGCGACGGGACAACCAUACGAACAAUAUGCCAAGAUGAUUUUCAUGGAACUAAAUGACGCCUGGUCAGAAUUUGACAGCCAAGGACAAAAACCUCUCUACUGAGUCAAGGUUUUUGGACGGAGCGGAGUGAGCAGAGGGCGCCCCCUUGCUGGUUCUGUCAUCUAACCCUAAAAGUGUUACCACAUCUGGUCAACAUACUACAGCCGCCACCCUCCAACAUCUGCCUUUAUACCCACGCUUUGACCCACGCUUUUCUUCUCACCGUGCACAAAAUCAGCGACUGAGAACAGAGUACUCUGAACACAUGACUCCCCGCAGAUCUAAUGUACCCACUGUAUGUAUGCAACGACGUCCUUCCUUGUCGAGAGACUUUAGCCCCGAAUAAACCCACUGGUCAGUCUGAUGUCUAGAUAAACUGAGACGUGUUAGAUCCUGAGGAGACUGAUGAACGCAGAGCCAGACACGAGGGCUUUGCGAGAUAAGAGAAAAACUCAUCAGGGAGUAAACUGAGUGAGCAUUUCACAGACUGAUCUAAGAGAUUCAGAUAGCCCGUAAGGCACAACAAGCAUUUCAAGAGCGGUGAAAGCCAUUAUGAAGUAGAUUUCGCUUUGUGUGGAGUGUGAAAACUGGACCCGUGGUCGGUUGUGUCAUAUCAAAUCCACAUUUUUUUGAAUAAGAAAGAACAAGGCAGCAUCAAGUUACUGUAACCGAAGCCUGUAUUUCAUCCAAAAAUGGGAUGUUUUGAAGGUACAAAUGAGCAAUUACGUGUGAUACAAACUGUGAUUACUGGCGGGCUUUCAUGCACCAAAUGUAGUCUUCUGAGAAUAACUGGAAAUGAAAAAUGAAAUGCGCUAAAUAGAAAGUAGCGACAUUUAAUUUCCCGGCCUGAUAGGACAGAUGAAACAAAGCAGCUUUGUUCUGUAGAGUCACUAAUACUCGGUGUGUCUGAUAUAAAUGAUGUGUGUUUCUAUGUUUGCCGGGACCUGGGGCUUUGUGUUAUUUAGGAUUAGCACAUGCACCGUUCUUUACAUGAGGCAACCCGAGGCCUCGUGCAUACUCGCUCGUACUGGAACUUGUAUUAUUUUUAUUAUUAUUAUUAUUUUGCAAGGGAGCUCUGUGAAAGCACAAACUGGCAAAUUGUUAUUCGGUGCAGCUUCGAAGGGAAGCCAUUGUUAUUUAUUUAUUGGCAUUGAUUCUCAGAGCUGGUGCGUACUGUUUUCAGUGAGAGCUUGGACCCAUUGUUUUUAAAUCGCCUCACAGACAAACUUCAGAAAUAACACUAAUGCGCCUAAACUCACAACAAUGCAAUAAGAGGUUUGAGUUUACAGACAUCCGUCAUUCAGUCGAGCUUGAAUGCUUCUCACAAUUUCAUAUCCUGCUGAUUUGACUGACACAUAUCUGCUAUCAUUAGCACGUUUCACUUUUGAUUUCUUAAUAUAUUUAGCCUCAUUUUGGGUAGGCGUUACCCGUCACUGCACUUUUAUUUAUACACAUCAGCGCGCAGAUCCGGAUGCGUGUGAUAUCAGCGUCAUAUCGAAAUUACGUUACAGCACACGCGGCUCAAGAGCUGUGCAUGCUGCAGGUGCUGUUUAUAAUGUUUAAAUCUAACCUGACAGGUGUCAAUUUAAAUCUCUCAUUCAUUGUCUCUUUCCUGCAUUUGAUCUAUGCUUUAGUGAAGCUUUAGGGGUUUAUUCCUGUAAAGAAAUCAGUGCUUCAUAGUCUUAGGAUGAAGUCCAUUUUCAAAUGGCAAAUUUAUGGAAAAACGAAAAAGCAAUUAGCCUUUUUUUUUUUUUUUUUUUGCAGGGCGCUAGUCUAUCAGCUCUAAAUGUGUUUGAUGAUGUCCUUAAUGAAAUCAUUUCCCCCACAGAAAUCAAGCAGAUUCACACGUCCUUGAUGCUUUUACAUUGCUACAGUCUUCUUUCUCUCUCUGCGAUCUGAACAACAAGAUGAAUGAUGAGAUAUUUAUGUCCUCGUUUGGCAUCAUAUUCCUCCCCCCACCCCCUUCCGGGAUUUCUACAUUUUUCAUCUGCAUCAAAGAUUGAAUUCUGACCAGCGCAGGAAGAACGUGACUGCUGUAAACUGUUCACAAAAUAGCAGGAAUAUGUUGAGUCGUGACUGAAAUGAGUCCCCCAAAAAGGACACUGGGUCUCAGGCCGGAGACACUAAACUCUGACACCGAGGCUCCUGCUUUCGUUGACCAGACAUGAGAAGUGUGUCGUACGUGUCUGUGCUCUAUUUACACCGAGGACCCACAUGUGAAAUAACCCUCAUAAGCUCCCUCGCUGACUGAAUCUGCAACCUUACGGCUAUGUUAAAAAAAAAAAAGCUAACCUCUAUAUCGUAGUCAGUGGAUGUGUGUCAUUUGAAGUUGUGGUACGUAUGGAAGUGGUCAGACUUGGGAUACUGUACGUUAUGUGUUUGCCUGUCUGCUGUUCAAGUAUUACUAAACCGUGUAAAAAGUUCUGUUCACGUGUUUCUUUUCGGUUCUGUUUACCGUUACAGGAUGUACAUAAUGAGCAAGUGCAGUGCACAAAAAUAAAACAGUAAACAGAAA